AUGAUGUCACCUCGAUUGGUGAUGAAACGUUUGCAAUCAAACUGCCCAGCUCAGGGAGCAAACCAACGACCAUCUAUGCUAACUGAGUUUCCAACAUUCUCGUCUAUAAUUACGGAAUCAAGCUGGGGGUGUUUAAACAGAUCACCUGUUUGUUCCGUUUUCAUUUUGAUCAUCUGUAGCUACCACGCUCCGUUACAAGUGUAUAUGGGUGCUAUACGUAUAGACUCAUCAAAUUGGAAUUCAUCUUUGGUUGUUGGUCUGUUCGCCGAGCUUGGCAGUUGGAUUGCAAACGUUUCAUCACCAAUCGAGGUGACAUCGUCAGCGCACCCGAGCUACCUACAUUCCACAACAUUGCUAACACCUUCGGGCGUCCUACGCUCAAAACAGCUCGUCGAUGGGAGACUUUCGCAUGUCGAAUGGCUUCCACCCGACAACAACUUCGCUCCCUCCACGAAUGACCCACUAAACCCUGCAGUGACGAUGUCACCUCGAUUGGUGAUGAAACGUUUGCAAUCCAACUGCCAAACUCGGCGAACAGACCAACAACGAAACAGCGCACCCGAGCUAUCUACAUUCCACAACAUUGCUAACACCUUCGGGCGUUCUACGCUCAAAGCAGCUCGUCGAUGGAAGACUUUCGCAUGGCGAAUGGCUUCCACCCGACAACAGCUUCGCUUCCUCCACGAAUGCCCGCGACAAAAAGCAUUACCACGCAGUGUAUCUUACCGACCACCACUGAACCAUCCUAAGGCGUGGAAGCUCGCUAGGCAGAACGGUAGGCGUAUGAUCAGGCUGAUGAUCACAGACGCUCACAGCCGACUGAGAAAAUACGAGAGGGUCCUCAACGAAGAAAGAGGAACAUGCCUGAGAACAGUGGGGCCCGAAAUUAUAGAACAACUCAGUGAAGCCAUUGAUCGUAGAGUACGACACACUAUUGAGAAGAAACGAGCCACACUUGAGCGCAAGUUCUACAGACUAACCAAGCCAACCGAGCAUACCGAAAACGAAGCAUGGAUCAGGAACCUCUCCAGAAGACAACUCACGGCAGCGGAAGAAAACGUGCUUAUUAAGGGACUUAAACCCACAACCAAACAGCGCACCCGAGCUACCUACAUUCCACAACAUUGGAAUUCAUCUUAUUCCGACUACCUCUACUUUCCAUAUUUUGAUGAAAUUUUUUCGUCUCUGACCACAUGUUUUCUGU